GCUUGCCGGAGUGGCCAACUGCGUUCUACAUGCAGGCCCUUGCCCUCUCUAAACUGGGGAUGGAAACGGAUGCCCAGGACAUGCUCACUGAUGGUUCCUCCUUUGAAACCAAGAAGCUCAACAGUUGGCGAAACUAAAUGCGGCUAUGGUUAACCCAACCCCCAGGUUAGAUAUAUAGUUAAGCUGUGAGUAGGGUUAUUCUAUUUCUACCUGUAUUUUGAUGGUGAUGAGAGGUUAGCAUUUACCCAAAAUGAAAAAUCAGCCUCUGCUGUAGUAAGCUCAUAUAGUUUCCAUAUGCAAAGUGUAUAGAGCGCUAACUGGCUCUCUCUGAAUAAUACAGUACUGGUUUUUAAAUCUUAAAUCUUAACAUUUCUCUCAUUUUAUUUGUGUCACACUUCAAAUUGUCAAAGGAAUGGACUCAAGAUUAAGCUGAUGGUUAGAGACACAAAGAAAAGUUUUAUCUGGUU